AUGAGUAACUAUUAUUCAUUAGAUUAUCGUAUUAUGAUAGUAUCGCAUUUUCAAGUAGUUGCUUUACUUUGUCGAACAGUAACAGAAAUGGUAUCCGAUACUUUAAAAGAAUUUUCUAAUACAUACAUAAUUAUUAAUAAAGUUUUAUCACAUAACAUAUUCAAUGCUCAAAUAAAAGCAAUUGUUGAACAAUUAAAAUCAACAAAAAUUGCUAAUAUUCCGCAUACAAAUGAUUUUCUUUGGUUAAUAUUAUUCAAAAUCAAAUCUAUUCAGGAUUGA